GCAGGACAGAAUGUGGUGUGGAGAUGUUCUGCUGCUGAGGAGACCCCGCGCCCCAAAACACACACUGACCCGCAGGAGGAGCCCACAGCGGCCCAGAGACACAGGUCCUGGUGAAGUGUGUGAGUCUCCUGAUCUUCAGCAUCAUGUUGCUGUUGCUCCAGUCAGGUUACCCAGAAUGCCACAGGGUUUCUCCCAGCAUGCUCAGCGUGUGGAUGUGUGUGAUCUGCUACCGGCCGCUGACACACACACUCUGAGGAAAGCAAUCCUGUCCCGCCACAACUACAGGAAGUUGCUGCACCUCUUCCUGUCGGAGCUGCACAGUGGCGGGCAGAGCACGGUAGCCAAUCAGACGCUGAGCUGCGAACAUCUGCCACCAAUCACACGCAGGAUCCCGAGGAGACAGAUCAUAUGUGAGUUGGCAGCAGUGGUUCAGAUGGAGGCUCGAGCACGAAACCCUUUCAGGAUCUGUUCUGGAGAUCAGACGGAGAGACGGAGCGAACACACACACACUCACACACACUCCGAGCUGUUCACAGCUCCUGAGCUCCUCCUGACUGCAGUGUCCAGCAGACUCUUCCAGGGUUGUGCGCGCUCUGCCUCUCCGUUCCACAGUGCAGGAGUGUGUGAGGUCAUCAGUGUGUGUGAGCUGGCCGUGCUGGAGUGUGUGACGCGUGGAGGAACAACACUGAGCCUGAAGGCUCAUUUCGUGUCUGAUCUCCCAGAUGUGUCGUGUGUGUGUGAGCGUCUGCAGCAUCUGAACCUCUCCUUCAACUUCUUCACACACAUCCCUCAGCAGGUUUGGGAACUGAAGCAGCUGAAGGUGCUGAAGAUGAGGAGUAACCCACUGGAGGAGCUUCCAGCAAACAUCAGCAGACUGAAGAACCUACACACACUGGUGCUGUCCUUCUGCAAGAUCACACAGCUGCCCGCAGAGUGA